UUUUGACAAACUAUUUGACAUGAGUUAAUACCGAUAACAAAUAAAAAGUUUUUAUUUGUAAUUACGUGGUCAAUGUCACGUUUAAAUAAUUCAUAUGUGUUUAAAAUAUGCAUAAAGAAAUGUUGAAAGCAGUCAUAUUAAUUGGUGGCCCACAAAAGGGUACUAGAUUUCGUCCAUUAUCCUUAGAUAUUCCAAAACCUUUAUUCCCGGUUGCUGGUUUACCUUUAAUACAACAUCAUAUUGAAGCAUGUGCUAAUGUCGAAGCGCUCAAAGAAAUCUUAAUUAUAGGAAAUUAUCCCGCAACGCAAUUACAACAAUUUGUUGUUGAUAUGCAGAGUCGGUAUAAUAUGAAUAUUCGAUAUUUACAAGAAUUUACGGCACUAGGUACUGCUGGUGGAAUGUACCAUUUUCGAGAUCAAAUUCGAUGUGGAAAUCCUGAAGCAUUUUUUGUAAUGAAUGGAGAUGUUUGUGCUGAUUUUCCAUUAAAUGAAUUAUAUGAAUUUCAUAAAACGAAGCCUUCAUCUUGGGUCACAAUAAUGGGAACAGAAGCCACUAGACAACAAUCCAAACAUUAUGGAUGUAUGGCUACAGAUCGUACAACAAACGAAGUCACUCAUUAUGUUGAAAAACCAAAUUCUUAUGUCUCAACAUUAAUUAAUUGUGGAGUUUAUGUUUGUUCUUUGGAUGUCUUUCAAACGAUGGCUACUAUUUUUAGCUCAAAACAACAAGAUUAUUAUCGACAAUCAACUGGAAAUGGUAAAGACACGGGUCAUAUUCAGUUAGAGCAAGAAGUACUUGCACCACUGGCUGGAACUGGAAAAUUAUUUGCAUUCCAGAUUUCUAAUUGGUGGUCACAAUUAAAAACGGCCGGUUCAGCAAUAUACGCUAAUCGCCAUUAUCUUGAACUAUAUCGUACACAUAAACCAGAACGCUUAGCAUCCCAAACUGCAAAAGAAUCUGGUGAUUCUAAAUUUCAAUGUGAAAUUAUUCCCGAUGUACAUAUUCAUUCAUCUGCAACUGUGCAUUCAACGGCUGUGCUAGGACCUAAUGUUAGUAUAGGACCAAAUGUUUCAAUUGGACCAGGUGUUCGUAUACGAGAGAGUAUAGUUCUUGAAGGCGCAACUAUUAAAGAUCAUAGUUUAGUGUUGUACAGUAUAGUGGGUCGUGAUACAAAAAUUGGUGAAUGGUCACGUGUCGAGGGAACACCCGGCGAUCCAGAUCCUAAUAAACCAUUCGCAAAAAUGGAAAAUCCACCGUUAUUUAAUAACGAUGGACGAUUAAAUCCAUCUUUGACUAUUCUAGGUUGUGGUGUAUCAGUGCCAUCAGAAACAAUUUUAUUAAAUUCCAUUGUAUUACCGCACAAAGAGCUAAGUCGAAGUUUUAAAAAUGAGAUAAUUUUAUAG